AUGUUGGAAGCCACACAAGCCAUUGAUCUCUCAAACAUCAAUCUGUCAGGAAUCAUUCCUGAAACACUUGGAGGCUGCAGAAAUUUGUUCUCUCUUGAUCUGUCGGGUAACAAACUCUCCGUUCCAAUUCCAGCUAAACCUUUCAGUCAGCUCACUGUGCUUACGAGCAUGAACCUUUCUAGAAAUGAUUUAGAUGGUCAAAUUCCUGAAAGCUUGGCAGAGCUGAAGCAUCUAACAGCCCCAGACCUUUCUCACAACCAGCUCAAGCUUUGCCAAUCUUCCCUCAUUGAAACAACUCAAUUUGUCUUUUAA